CAUGCGAAUUAAAAAAUGAUUUUGGGAAUCACCCAGAGAUGAACUACCUGCAUAAGAAUUUUUAUUGUUUUGUCACGAUUUGUGAUGUAAGCUAUUUAAAAAUGGUUCUGCCUAUAUAGGUUAACAUGAAGAAGAUAUCCUUUAAAGGAAUGAGACUGUCAAGUCAAGGAGUCGAAAGACAAUCAGGUGAAAACAGCGAAACUCCCAUCAGUACACUGGUUGCAGCAUCAAUUGAAAGUGACAAUGUGGCACCAUCUGGAACGUUGAUUGAUGAGCCUUCAAUGCGUAAAAAGGAAAAAUUUGGACUUUUCAAAAGUUUUAAAAGAAAAUUGACGUUAAAUUUUAGGCGUAAAACAGAUGAAACUGACCACACUCACACCGAAUCUCAUUACACUGCUCCUAACAUUUGUGAUUCAAACUCAAAGAAAAAGAAAGGAAGAUGUCGAAAAACAAUCUGUGAUGCUUCAUUAAAGUCUAAUUCCUCAUCUCAUAGUUGUGAUAGCUUAGAUCUGACCACAUCUUCAAACAAUUUACACAAGUUUAGUGAUUAUCAUGUGAAUACAGAUUCAAAUUCAUUAUUGACAAAAGAUAAAGUUAGUUAUCGUAAUAAAGACAUUUCAAGAUUUCAGCAAAGUGAUCAUAUAAAACCUGAAAAACACUCAAAAGAAAAACUGAUUACAUAUCAAGAGGUACAACAAAGUGGGCAAGGAAAUUCUGUGUAUGCCUCGUCAAACGGACACUGUCUCAACUUGACCAGUUUUGUCUCAGUUGAAAAAAGACUAAAUAAUUCUCAGGAGCUGCUGUGCCAUCCAGAGAUUCUUGAUGAUGAAGGUGGUCCUAAAAUCUGGAGUUUAACGCAAGAAUUGUUCAGACUUUCAAAAUUUGGAUGGUAUUGGGGUCCUAUAACAAGAGUUGAAGCAGAAGAUAAACUACUAAAUCAGCCUGAUGGUGCUUUUCUUGUUAGAGAUAGCUCAGAUGAGCGCUAUUUGUUAAGUUUAAGUUUCAGAUCAUAUGGUAGAACUUGGCAUACAAGAAUUGAACAUUGUAAUGGAAUGUUUAGUUUCUAUGCACAACCAGACACUGAGGGUUAUCCCUCUAUUGUUGAUUUAAUUGAACAUUCAAUGAAUGAUUCUCAGACUGGAAUAUUUUGUUAUUCUCGUUCAAGAUCCCCUGGUGCUCCGUCAUUCCCGGUUAGACUGACAAAACCUGUGUCAAGGUUUACACAAGUCAGAUCAUUGCAAUAUUUGUGUCGUUUUGUCAUUCGUCAAUAUACUCGUUAUGACCAUAUUCAAGAACUACCACUGCCGAAAAAGAUAAAGGGAUGGAUUGAGGAAAAUCAAUAUUGAUAUAAACAUGUACAUGUGUACAUGCAUUAAACAUUUUCAUUUUUAUUUGUAAUGUAUAAAUUGAAGACAAGAGUAGGUUUAAAUGUCAUGAUUGUAAUUACAAGUUACAUGUACACAAGUAAAGCUUAAGGAAAUGAAUAAGAAAACCGUCUCUUUGCCAUCACUUUGUUACUAUUUGUUACAGCACUACCAACACAUGCAGCAGCUAUGACCACAAGCUCAUAGUGAAACCAAAACACCCUAUUUUAAUUUUCAUUUAAUUUCUACAUGUAAUAUAAUAAGAUCAUGGGCAUUGUUAUUUUAUUUAUACUUGAAACAUGUACUGUUACAGAAAUUGAACCAAUAACUGUCAACAAUCUCUUAGUAGAAAAACAACAAACAAAUACACAUUUUAUGUGUAUAUAUAUAUUAAAAUGUAUUACUGCAAACUUUCAUUUACUCUGACAUCAAAUAAAAAACCAACAGAACGACCAUAUACAUGUAGAUGGUUUUAUGUCAUUGUCAGAACUUUUUGCCAACCAACUCAGAAAAAUACCACUUAUAAAUUAAGUACAUGUGUACCGGUAGGCUUAAUAGAUGAGACAAACAAUAUUAAUAAACAUAAAGAAAUUGAUCUACAGUUGCUAAUUCCAUGUCCUUUGGACUGGUCAUUGGCAGUCAUGCCAUCUCUUUAUUUUAUAUACAUGUGUAGGGUAGAUCUGCAUAAACUGAAUUAGUGAGCGUUCCAUGACUUGAUGGGGACAUAAAGUUUUUUAACAUGUUUAAUGUACCAUUUUUUUUCACAUAUCUGCAAUCAUGCGAUAUGGCAAUACUUGGCUUUAAACAUGGUAAAAAAUAUGUAACAGGUAAAACAUUGUUACAGGUAAUAAAUUGAGUCAGAUUUAGAGAUUAUGUAACUCGACAUGUACAUUAUAAUUUUUAGAAACCUACAUACAUGUACAUCAUGUAUAUCAUCUCACAAGUGCAUGUAAUACUGUGUAUACUUUUUACCAAGUGUGUCUUAGUGAAUUGCAUUAUUAUAUUUUUUAUGUUAGUAAUUCAUGUUAAAAGUGUUCCUUUUGGUGUAAAAUUGUUAUAUCUUACAAAAAAUAACCAAUUUUUUUGAUAAAUUAAAAAAGAAUAGCUUUGCACUUAAAAAUAUUUUUACAUAUAGACAUGAUAGAUAGCUGUGAAUUUUUGUUGUCCUUAAGGAAAAGGUGUUUGUUAAAAUGUGCAUAUAUAUAUAUGCAUACAUGUACAUGUAAUCAGUGUAUACAUGUACAUUGUACAUCAGUAACAUGUACAUGUACAAUGCAAAUUAAAGCACAUGUACAUUUGUUAUAGGGACAAUUUGCAUCUGAUUUUGUAAACUAUUCAAUUUUUUUAAGGCUAAAUAUAUAAUAUUUUAUGUUAAACAUGUUGAAUACAAAUGUACAUGUUCUUUCAUUAGAAAAGAAAGGGAAUGAGUUUAAUCAGACCGACAUUUGACAGACAAUUUCAUGUGCCUAACAAUUUUUUUAAAAUUUUUUUUUAAAAGUUUUCCCCAAUUUAUUUUUGAUAGAAACUGAACCAAUGAUUAUAGUUGAUUCACAAAUUUCUAUAUAUUCAUUGCUAUUUGUUUUCUUAGAAGUGUACUAUACCAGUACAUCAAUGAUUGAGUGUAUGUCUUUUCAGUAGAAUACAUUUUCUAAUUCAUUAAACCUAAUUUACUGUACAUAUGUAUACCAAUAGUCCAAGAAUUAAAAGGAAUUCCCAUCUGUAAAUUUCAAAACUAUUUUCUUUUAUCAAUUUUAUCAUGUUUAUGAAGUAGUUGGUUAAGUAUAUAAAGAACAAUUAUUUUUGAACAUUUGGAAUUGUGAACUACAUGUACAUGUAACUAGCUAUAGCAGUUUAUAUAAAUCUUAAUUGAAUUAAUCGGUAUCCCUACAUUUAAAAUUUAUACUUUUUCAUUUUGAUAGUCAAAUGGGCAUUUCAAGCACCUUAGCUUUGUUUAUUAAGUAAUAGUUUAAAAUAUUACUAUGAAUUUAAAAAUUCACUAGUUAUUUUCAAGAAAACGUUUUUCUGUCGAAUAAGGUUACCAAUUCUAGAUCUACAACCUGUGGUUUUGCACAUGACGUACAUGCAAUUUGUUUUUGUAAAGACAUCUUGAGACUGUUGAAUUUGGAAAUGCAUUUAUUUAUGAUCAAAAUGUUUAUUGUUUUUAAAAUGAACAACCACAUUUUAGUGGGAAAUAUUAUGUUUUAUGCUUAAGUUUGACAUAUUGAAACAAUAUUGUCAUAUGUGUACGUCAUCCAUCUUACAUUGUAAUUUCCUGGAGAGGGUAAACGUAAUUCAAAUGGAUUAGCAACAUUUGGUUCUGGACUAAAUACAAACUGUACAUUGUAGUCUUAACUAUUGGAAGACUGGUAUAAUUUUAAGCUGAAAAUGAGAUAAAUAAUAUUUAACGCACUUCUACAAAUGUAUAUGAAUCUCAUACUUGUGCUAUGAUUUUGAACCUACAUGUAUAAAUGUGACUAAAAGUAGGUCAUGUAUACAUGUUAGUAAAAAAAACUUUGGGGGAAGAUUUUGUAUUUUCUUAUAUAAAACUCUUGAUUUAUUUUCUUGGCAAUGCUUUUCAAGAUGAAAGAUUGUUUUUAAUUGUACAUGUACAUGUAGCAUACAUAUGUACUUGCCUGUUUGUUAACUUUUUAAUUUGGAACCAUCAAUUUAUGAUUGAUGUCAGUAAUUUUGAAUUUAAUGUUAGUUCGUGCAUUAUUUUUUUUUCAUACAUGUAAAUCAUCUAUAAACAUGUCUACAUAUUCUUUUUUUAUUUUAAUUAUUCCUAAAAUGAUGGAUCUUUGAUAUAUAUGUACAUGUAGUACAUUGUUAAAAUAGGUUUAAACUUUUAAGAAAGAAUACUAUCUGUUGGAAUCUUAGUACAUAUUACGUGAGUAACUACUUAUAUAAAUCAUGUAAAUGUUAGAAAUUUACUUUUGUUUCAAGUCAAUUUUGAAAGUUAGUGCUAUCUUUAUAUAUGUUAUAAUGUUAAACCCAACGUUGAAAUUGUUUUAAAGUGAUCUUGAAUGAAAUAUAUAUAUCUACAUGUAUAAAUAUUCACAUAAGUGCUGAUGUUUUUGUACGACAUUUUUAAAUGCUAGUACCAUUUUGUCUAGCUCUCUAGCGGAAUUGUAUUAUCAUCAUAUACCUGUUAUAACUAUCCUGAAGUGCUAAAAGGGGAGAUAACCUACAUUCUUGAUAUUUGGUUUUGGAGGUUUUUAUUUGAAAAUCUCAUUUUUGGUCAAAUGCAUUUAUUAAACAACAUAAAGUGGAAUUAUUAUGAUUUAAGGAGAAUACAUUUAACACAAUAAAAAAAUUAAUUGAACAAGACAUUAAGAAUUAAAAUUUAAAGGUCUAAUUAAUCUGUAUUUAAAAAAAAAAGAUAUGUCAAUUUACAAUUAUUAUCAAAAAGCUUAUAAAAUUUUACUAGAUUCAAAAAAUUUACAUACAUGUAUGAGGAAACGUAGGUUUUGAAAUUAAAUUCAACUACUUUAACGGGAGCCUCCCCUUUCAAUUGGGAGGGUAAACAGGUAUGGUAAUAAAAACUUUUUUAUUUAAGUUUCCUUUCUCAGGAACAUUUGUCUGCUCAAAUACAUGUAUGACCAAAUGGUUAUGAUAAGAGAGGUAUGUUUCAAGAUAAUGAUGUAAUUUUUUAGAAUAUAAUAUUUCUAGGACAUUAGCGACAACAUGUGCAAUAUACAUAUUAGGUUGUUUCAUUAUACAAAAUGUUUUAAUUUUAAACAAACGUUCUGAUUAUAAUUUUUAAAAUAAUCACAAAACUUGUGCAAUGAUAACUUGUGUGUAUAUCAGGUUGUUAUACAUGUUAUUUGAUAAUAUUAAUAUGAUCAAGUAGAAAUUUAAUAAUCUUUUAUGAAUAGAUAGGUCUCAAUUGACACAAUUUAAGCAAGAGUUACUGCCCUUUUGUUACUAUUAUGGACGUCUUUAUGAGAAGUCAUUUAUGUAAAGAUAGGUCUCAAUUCACACAAUUUGAGCAAGAGUUACUGCCCUUUUUUUGGUCUCCAUAAUGGAGGUAAUUGUGCACAAAAACAUUUAUAAAUCAGAUUUGCUACAUGUAUUCUGGCGGAAAGAUGUAUAAAAAAGUUGUUUUCUUAACAAUUUGAAAUUUUCUAAUUGUAUCUUAUGUUUCAAUUUGGUUAGUCAAAUAAAAACCAUUAACCCUUCAAAAUGACAGCCAAUGAAAAUAAGUCAAAUCAAGAUUAGAUAAUAUCUUAACUUUUCUAUACAGAAGAUAAUUUUUGCUCUACAAUAUAAUUGUAAUGUAAAAAAAUAAUUCUAUGAUUAAUGACUGGUUAAAAUGUAUAACAUUUAUCAGCCCGAAAAAUAAACCACAGAUUAUCAGUAUUGGUUUAGUUAUGACAUUUUUAAUUAGCUGAUACAUUUAUUUUGUGUCACUAUCAAAAAGAUAACAUGAAUGUCAAGAAGGACAAAUUUUAAUACACCAUCAAACAUUUUUUCAAGGAAUUUUUGUUGGACAUGUUGGAAAUCAAUUUUCUAAUAAAUUGUGUAAAAAAAAAAAAAAAUAUUAACAGCUUUUCAUUUAUAUACCAAAAAGUAAGAAUGAUAGGGUAUAUAAAUUGAAAGGUGUGCAGUCACAGACCCAAGUGUUAAGUUUUGUAAAGAUUCUCUUGGUCUAUUGUAGAAAUUCUUAUAUGGGUAAAAGGGCUUGAUGCCUAGCAUGAAGACUGAAUACAAUGAGAAUGAUGGAAUUAUGUAACUUGUCAUAAUAGAUGAUAAUAUUAUUCAACCUUUUUUUUGUUUUGAAGUUUUUACAUAAAAUUUAAGAGUGAUAAUAUGUUUAUAACAUAAAAUUCGCAUUUCAUUGGGCAUAAAUCAUUUCAUUUCAUGUCUUUGUCUUUAAAAAGAACAAAUUCAUCAUAGCUUCAUUAUUGAACUCUCUAGGAAAUUAAUAUACCAUGUAUUUGUUGAUCAUUUUGCAAGUCAAAGACUUUUACAUUAAAAUAUAUAUAAAACAGUU